GAAGUUUUCUCAGGUUAUGACAACUGUGACAGUUUUGGCUGGCAACAGUGGCAGCACUGUUGCAAACUCACCCCGAAGCUCAUUUGGAUUCGGUUUCGGAAGCCGGUGGCGUUUGCAUUCAGUAAUCAACAACAAAAACAAUUUAUCGACAAUAUCGACAUCUAGUCAACUCACUUUCAAGAGCAACAGGCACCUCAUUACAACGGUGGUCGACUGUUCGCCAAUCCUUUAAGAUGAAGCAGAACGGAGUGAGACUCGUGCAGAGGAAGUUCGCGCAAGGUGUACCCAUUCCAGCGAGCAGCAUCAGCGUCGCGCCUACACCGCCGGAGCGCAAACCGGACCCACCUUACUCUCCCAAAAAUGUCUACCACAACAACAUGUCCGCUCGGAACCUGCUCGACAUUGUGUCUAUGCAAAACAUACACAAACACAAGCAAGAACCACUCGUGGUGCUCGAACGUCUUCGAGACGACGAGAUACCGUCGCCCGUCGUGCCGAACGGACGGUGCGUCCGACCAAGGAUCCGGGUGCCCUUGAGACGCCGGAAGGUCAAGGGCAACAAGGGCAACAUGUGCCUGAGGUCAGGCAAGCGCAAGUCCACUGAUGCCGGCAAGGGGCCCACUAAGAAACGAAAGAAGCUGUCCUCGGAGUCCACGGACGACAUACCGCUCGUCUACUAUUUCAACAACCGGCCUGCCAAGCCGCAUAAUAGACAGCACAGACAGAAGGACAUCACAGUUACAGACAAAAAACAAAAAGCGUCAAUCAGAGAGAAACGUACGCCAGCACCAAAGAAAACGGUCACCAAAGAGCGAAGCGACUCCACCGUUGACAAACCACCUUCAAGGGCUGAGUCCAAAGCUAGUGAUGGAAGCUUUACAUUCAAGGAGCCUUCGAGCCCGGCACGACUGAGCUACAGGCUGUUCAAAAAGACAGCAGCGGCUGCUACAGCUCGGCAGCUAAAAAAAGGGCUACCGAAGGACGCACGCUGGUCCACGCUCCGCUCGGCGCGAGCGCCCUCUGAGACCCGAAGCAUAGUGCGACGUCUGCGUAACAAAGUGCUACUAGGUAAGAAGCCAGCUAAACCAGCAGUCAGGAAACCGGGUCCGAAAACAAACAAAGACGACACACCAGCGCCGCCGGGCCCGUCCGGUUUUAGAGUGCCACGCCCGCCGCCCUCUGAAAGCAGCGAGAAUACAUCGAAGGCGGGCCCGUCCGGUUUCAAGGCACCGAGACCCCCACCCACUGAAACCAUUGCAGCGCCGCCGAGUUCGCGUCGCGCGUCGCUAGAAUCCAUCGAUCUAUUUCUCGCUGUCAAAGAGGAAGUGGAAAACUCUGGCAGACCCUGCGGUAUGGUCGAGGUGUUCGCCCCCUCAUACCCGCCAUCGCCGGUCCCCUCCAACGGAGUGGAAGACUGGUGUUUACCCCCAGCCAUUAAGGCAUCGCGGUCUCUCAAGUCCCUGUCUGACAUCAGCAGUGACAUCAUCCGGCUUGGAACUCCACCAGGGUGGACCGCGACCCCAGAGUUCCAAGACCCACAGUCCGAAGGAGAUUUGGUACGAGGAAAGGAAAUAAUGGACGAAAACAUUAAGAAAGAACUUGAAGAAAUCAGAUUCGAAGUCUCAGAUAAAAUAGAAAUGAAAUCUAAAAAAUCUUCAGAAAAAAAUAACGUUUCUGAUAAUGAGGAUUCAGGUAUUGAUGUACGAGCGAAAAAGAACCAAAAUACAAACAAAGCUAAGACAGAUAAGGACAGUGAGAAAGCAGGCCAGAAACAUGAAAGGGACAAAGAAGACAAGAAAGCGGGACACAAAGAAGGCAAGAAAGUAGGACAUAAAGAUGAUAGGGACAAAGAAGGCAAGAAAGUAGAACAAAAAGAUGAGAGGGACAAAGAAGGCAAGAAAAUAGACCAAAAAGAUGAGAGGGCCAAAGAAGGCAAGAAAGUAGGACAAAAAGAUGAGAAGGACAAAGAAGGCAAGAAAGUAGGACAUCAAGAUGAUAGGGACAAAGAAGGCAAGAAAGUAGAACAAAAAGAUGAGAGGGAAAAAGAAGGGAAGAAAGUAGGACAGAAAGAUGAGAGGGACAAAGAAGGCAAGAAAGUAGGACAAAAAGAUGAGAGGGACAAAGAAGACAAAAAUACCGGACAGAUAGAUGAGGGAGACAAUAUAGAGAAGAAAGCGGGACAGUCAGGUGAGGGAGACAAAUUAGAGAAGAAAGCGGGACAUAGAAAUGAGAGGGACAAAGAAGACAAGAAAGCAGGAGAGAAAAAUAAGAGGGAAAACGAUGACAUCAGUAAACCAGACGAUGCAACAAAGAGGAUUAAAGGAAAGGGAGUGGGGAAGAAAACUGUGCAGAAAGAAACAAGGGGCAGGAAACCGAAAGUUGCUCCGGUCAAAGAGAAGAAAACGUUACCGAAGCGAGCGGCGAAGGCAGCCCCUGCCCAGGAAGAGGUGGCCACCAACACGAGACUUCUCAGGAACUCCCGCGACCCUCCGCCGCCAAACCCGGACGUGUACGAGUUCGACGAACUAGAAGGCUCUCGGCCUCCCUCGGGCCUCCGCCGCCGCAACCAGCCCACCCCGGACCCCCCCGCGCAGAGCCCCGAAAGCAUACGAUACAUGGACAUAUGCCCUACAAGCUCUCAACUAGUCAAAAUUAAUACCAAAAAAGAAGAAGUUGGGAACGUACUUAGUGUCAGCUUGGUACCUAAGGACGAUAUAUAUAAGAAGCAGAAGAAUUGGAUAGAUAAUCUGACGAAUAGGCCAGCGCUGUUAAACAAGUUUUUCAACUGCUUACCGACAGAACUUCAGAACGAGCUUGGGAGCUUGGCCACGGAGGGGACUGGGCGGGAGGAGGCUUAUUUGGACGAAAAGGCGGGGACGGUCUUAGAGGCACCCACGUACUAUCCUACGGCUGAGGAGUUUGAGGUAUUAUAUUAGUGUUAUUGUAUCCACUGCUUACAGAACAUCUCAAUUAGCUUGGGAGCUUGGCCACGGAGGGGACUGGCCGGGAGGAGGCUUAUUUGGACGAAAAGGCGGGGACGGUCUUAGAGGCACCCACGUACUAUCCUACGGCUGAGGAGUUUGAGGUAUUAUAUUAGUGUUAUUGUAUCCACUGCUUACAGAACAUCUCAAUUAGCUUGGGAGCUUGGCCACGGAGGGGACUGGCCGGGAGGAGGCUUAUUUGGACGAAAAGGCGGGGACGGUCUUAGAGGCACCCACGUACUAUCCUACGGCUGAGGAGUUUGAGGUAAUAUAUUAGUGUUUAUUGUAUCCACUGCUGACAGAACUUCUCAAUGAGCUGGGGUGCUUGGCCACGGAGGGGACUGGGCGGGAGGAGGCUUAUUUGGACGAAAAGGCGGGGACGGUCUUAGAGGCACCCACGUACUAUCCUACGGCUGAGGAGUUUGAG